AUGGCCCCGACUUCAACAACGAAGCCAGCUAAAAUAUUAACGGUCGGCUCAGCUGUGGGGGCAUUGCGCGACCUCUUCUCCAAGGUCAAAGGUAUCAAUGCUAAGCACGGGCCAUUCGACUUCGUUCUCUGCGCUGGAGAUUUCUUUGGCCCCCCUUCCACCGACAAUACCAGCGGAGAUGACCAGAUAACUCAGCUUCUUGACGGGAAACUCGAAGUUCCGCUGGAGUGCUAUAUCAUGCAAGGAGAAUAUCCAUUGCCAGACAAUGUCAUACAAAAGUUCGCGCAGACCGGGGGUGAACUGUGCAAGAAUGUCUUCCUUCUCAGCAAGUCCGGAAUACUCACUACUCCCCAUGGGCUCCGGAUAGCUUGUCUCGGUGGUGUCUACGAGACGAGUGUCUUUGCCUCCGCAGAAGCAGCCCCUGGAUUUGCCUCUCCAUUCUUCAGCAAACAAACGACUGAGAAGUUGCUCGCAAACACCAUGACUAACUCAGCAAGUUCCAAGCCGCAAAACUACACCUCCCUAGCAGCCAUACGCUCACAAUCUGCUCCGACCCAGCUAGUAGAUAUACUGAUGACCAACGCAUGGCCUUCCUCCAUUGCCCAUUUUUCCUCCGUUCCCCUACCCUCGCCAGACCUCCCAGCCCACAGCGCUCCUCCCCUUGACGAAGUUAUACGCAACAUCAAACCUAGGUACCACUUUGCUGCAAAAGGAGGACAACCUCCAGUGUUCUGGGAACGAGAACCCUACACAUGGGAUAGAGAUAGCGACAGAGUCUCCCGAUUCGUGAGCCUGGGUGCCUUCGGCGGCGAGGUCACCACGGGUAAGAAGCCAAGAUGGUUUUAUGCGUUCUCUAUAUCGCCCGCUUCCGCUGAUACUGCCAACGCUGUGAAGCCUCCAAACUCCACAAAAAAUCCCUUCACAGAGUACAUCUUUCAGUCAAGCACUAAGCGUCCAAUAGAAGGCAACGGCGAGAAUUUCAUCUUUGGCAGCGUGCAACACCCCAAUAAGCGUAAUCGAAUGGGGGAUCCUAGCGGCAAGCCUCCUCCUGGUUAUAAAUGUAAACGUUGCGAGUCUACCGAGCACUUCAUCAACGAUUGUCCGGAGCGCGUGAAGCCCCCUGAAGGAUAUAUAUGUAGAAUAUGUAACGAGCCUGGACAUCUAGUGCGGGACUGCCCGACGAAGCACGCUGUUGGCGAUACGGGGGGGCGGAAACCUAGAGAAGGAUAUGUUUGUCGUGCAUGCGGUAGCGAGGGACACUAUAUCGACGACUGCCCUGUGGCCAAUCAACGGCACCCGCAAGGAGAUCGUCGCGGCAAACGGGGUCCCCCCAAAGAGAUAGGACCUGAUGAAUGCUGGUUCUGUUUAUCGAACCCGAGUGUAGCAAAACAUCUCAUCGUGUCAAUUGGCAUGGAAUGCUAUGUGACGUUGCCCAAGGGUCAGAUAAUACCCACACAGUCAUCCGCAGAUCAUGUCGACGUUCCGGGUGGAGGCCAUGUUCUGAUCAUUCCCAUAGCUCACUACCCAACAUUCACAACAAUUCCGCCUGACUUGGCACCUCCAGUGCUAGAGGAGACUGAACGAUACAAAACGGCACUCCGCGCGUUCUAUGCGAAGCACCGCAGUGCCGCAGUAUUCUUUGAAGUCGGUCGCCUAAGCAUGAAGGGUGGACAUGCACACGUACAAGCGGUCCCCAUCCCCGAGAAGAUGAAAGAAGACGUAAAGACUACUUUCCUAGAGCAAGGACGGAUGCAGGGGAUCGAUUUUGAAGAGGACCCUGUUGCCGCCAUGGAGUCGUGCCAGAAUGGACGAGGAAGCUACUUCAAAGUCGAGUUACCUGAUGGUGGUACCAUGGUACACUUGCUGAAAGACCAUGUGCCAUUCAGUAUCCAAUUCGGAAGGCAAGUGCUGACUACACUGCUGAACAUGCCCGAAAGAUUAGACUGGAAGGAGUGUGUUCUAUCUCAAGAGGAGGACACCGCAGAUGCAACAGCAUUUAAGGCCGCCUUCGCUGUUUUUGAUCCAUCUUCAUGA